AUGGACGUAGUCGACAAGGUUCGGCGAUGUCUGUCGAAAUGGGACAAUGGGGGUUUUGAGCAAUGCGUCAACCUCGUCGUGGGGCCUCAUUCCAGCCCCGCGGAUCCGGACUCUAAUGAUACACUAACCACCGUAUACCACGCGUUGCUCGUGUCUACCCUCACGAGCUGGCCCGCACAGCCUGCACUGACAGUCGACGCCUUCCUGAAGUUUGUGCGGUCGAUGUUCGAGCGCCUCCCGUCAUCGUCGUCGACUGCCUCCGGCUCACCGAACGCGGUGCCAUUCAGUGAACUGCUGGUGGACGUCGUGUGGUCUGUAGACGCGGAGUUGGAGGAUAUCAUCUCAGACGCGAAGACGGCGCUCGCUGAAGAGCAGAAGGGCGCAGACUCGAGCAAAUCGUUCGACAGGGAUGCUGUGGCGAAGGGCCUCCGUACGAAGCAAUCUGCGGAGGAGGACAAGGAGACCAUGGCUGGAAUCGUUCGGAGACUACUUUCGUUGGACAUUCUGGACCCAGGUGUAUGCAGAGAGCGUCUCGACCUCGGUCUCGUCGCGAAUGUUGGUCUUGUCCCCGACAAGCUUGCCUUCGAGAAGAAGGAGAUUCGUACAAGGACCGGACUUUUUUACAAGCAGAACAAGUUCAAUCUCCUUCGAGAGCAAUCGGAAGGCUAUAGCAAGCUCGUUACGGAGUUGACAAGCUGCCUGGGUCCACCGCAUUCUCCUAUAACGGGGCACCCAACAGAGUCUCGUACAGCCAUUGAAGCGCGGGCGCGCCCGGCCUGGGAGCGCAUUGUCGGGCUCAUAGGAUAUUUCGACCUGGACCCCAACCGCGCGCUGGACGUCAUCUUGGACGUCUUCUCUACUCACUUGGCCACACAUCACAUUUUCUUCACUGCGUUCUUGUCAUUUUCUCCUUGGUCGCUCCGACCCCAGCAUCUACGCAAGCGAGCCGAAGAUGAGAUGGCUGUCGAGUCAGACCCGCAGCGAUACCGUGGUAAAAGUCUGGAUGAGGUUCUGGCCCUCGCCGAGAGUCCGAGUGGGGAGAUCCACCCACCUCCAGCGGCCAACAAGGGUACCAACUCGCGCGUCCUGGCUCAAGUGUUGGGAUUCAAGUUCACGCACUAUCAGCUUCCAGAAGUGAAUGAAACUGUGCCGCGCGCCUUGUACCUGAUGACUGCUAUUCUCAUUCGGGAAGAAUUCCUCUCCUUGGAGGAUUUGCUGCUUCACAUAACGCCAAGUGAUGAAGAUAUGGAGGGUGUCCACAAACACUACCUUGCAAAAGUCGAAGAGCGGAUAUCGAAUGCCAAAGUCAGUCAGCUCGCGAUGGCUGCACCUCUCGAGUCUUCGGGUGCGCCUCCCAAGGCCAAGGGCACUCCGGCUCCGGAGCCAAAGGAAGCAAAGGAGCCUUCUAACCAGAAGCUCGGGCUUUUGAACGCGUUGCUUGCUGUCGGGGCUCUCAGACCGGCGAUCGCCUUGCUCUCCAAGUGGCCCUGGAUGGUCGAUGCGUUCCCGGAGAUCGCUGACCUCAUCAUCCGUGUGCUGCAGCACUCCAUCACUCCCUUGUAUGAGUCCAACGGCAACGCGAAACGGACUACGAGCUUCACCAAACCGCGCGCUCGGUACGGAUCGACAGGCAUCGUCUCGCUCGUCGAACGCAGGCCACACCUGACUCUGUGGGCUCCUACACCCCCCAGCACGAGUCAUAUCGACUUCGUCUUCUUUUUCCCGGAUUGGACACAACGCGUCCCAGUAUGCUCCACCCUCGACGAUUUGGUGGACGUGAUAGACCCCUUGAUGAAGUUCAUUGGCCUGCAUGUCUCUAGAGAUCCGGCGUACCUAACGAAGUUUCUUCGUCUUGGUCGAACACACAUGACAACGACGGUUACCAUCGAUCCGGAAACGAAGAAGCCUGUAGGGACACCUGAUCCUGAUCACCCGAUCCGGCAGUUCUGGUUCAAGAUUCUACGGCUCUAUCUACUACCAGCUUUGCCCCUCAUUCGUGGAAAUGCAGUGUGCACCGUCGAGGUCUGGAAUAUCAUGCGACAGUACGAGACCACUCUCCGCUGGCAGUUAUACGGCGAGUGGAAGACGAGCACCUACAAAUCACAUCCGGAGCUUCGCGUACGACACGUCCAAUCCGAUCGGGAGUCCAAAGGCAUCCUUCGCCGCCUAUCGCACAACACGAUCGACUCGUUGUCUGGUACGGUGGCAAAGCUGGCGCAUUCGAAUCCUUGCAUAUUCUUCACGAACGCGGUCAACCAGAUCAUGGCCUAUGACAACCUGGCAGGCGUGGUCAUUCAAGCCCUGAACUACGUCACGAUCAUGGGCUUCGAUGUCCUCGUGUUCGUCAUCCUGGACGCCAUGGCCAACCCUGACAAGGAGCGCGUAAAGGACGAUGGUGUUAACACUUCAGAUUGGCUGCAGAGUAUCGCAUCUUUCACAGGAAUGCUAUUCCGUCGGUACAGUGCGGAUCUGACUCCACUCCUGAAGUACAUCGUGCAUCAGCUGCACAAUGGCCAGACCACCGAGAUCGUUGUCCUCCGCGAGUUGAUCUGGAAGAUGGCUGGUAUCGAACCACUACCUAGCUUGUCAGACGCCCAGGUAGCAGCCAUGGCAGGUGGACCCACUUUGCGUAUCGAGGCAGUCGCUUCGGCGACUCGAGGUGCGCGGCUAGAUCCAGGUGAUGCGGUUCUGAAGGGUCCCCAACGGCUGGGCAAGGCAUUACUGGAGUCCAACCUCGCUCUGCCUCUACUCAUACAAGUAGCACAACAACGGCAGUCUUGUGUAUAUCAAGCGCCCAAUGCAUACCUGAAGUCGUUGGCCAGUCUCUACGAUACUACACAUGGCGUAUUGCUCCAAUACCUGGACCUGCUCACGACGCCGACGGUGGUAUCGUCUCAAGAUUAUGCUCAGAAGAUCGUCUUAUCCCUCUCCGAACUCCAUGAGAAGUAUGGUAUCUCUGCUCCUAUUUGCAUGCAGAUCAUACGCCCAAUGCUCAAUAUCUCCAUACGUACUUCUGCGUUGGAAAUGGAAGAGAAGGAGCGUCUGCUAAGCGAGGAGGCAGAAAGGCGACUCAGAGCUACUCUGAACGCAAAGCGAGAGCCCAAUUCAGCAUCCAGGGUCGCUUCUCCCAACAUUGGCGAAUCAUCUGCCGCUGGUGAUGCUUCGCAGGAUGCGAAGUCGCAUUCGGGGGACAUGAAUGUGGAAAGCUCUGACAAUGGCGGUGCGACGGCCGCGCGACCAGAGAACCCUUGGCUGCCGGAGUUGAACGCCCUGUUCGACGACGUCAGGAAGAUUGCGCCUCCGCUCGCAGCGCAGUACAUUGGACCUGGUUUCUAUCUGACGUUCUGGCAGUUGUCGACAUAUGAGUUGGCCCCUCCCGCUUCGCGAUACGAUGAGGAGUGUUCUACUCUGCGAACCCUUAGCCGUCAAGAGGACUCGAAGUAUAUCGCGGCUGACCGUUCCUCCGAUCGUACCAAACGACAAGUGGCACCCCUGCAUCGAGAGAAGCGAAGCCGCUAUAAUACGUUCAUCACUCUGCUUGGACAGGAGUUAAAGGAGCAAACGGCGGUCCGCGGCUUUACUAUCAAACGCCUUGCACGGGAAAAGCAGCAUUGGUUUGCGCAUUGUCUUGGCAUCAAUUCUACCUCCCUGGGACAAGCAUUGGUCGAUUAUUGCUUCCUACCGAGGUGUCUUCUAUCGCCGAUGGACGCCGACUACUGUGCACAAUUCAUCAAGUCAAUUCAUGCACUCGGCACCCCGGGCUUUCCUACUGUUACAUGCUGGGAUCGACUCAUCAGUGACCAGAUGAAAGGCGUUAUCUUUUCGUGCAGCGAAUACGAAAGCCGAAAUUAUGCUCGUUUCAUACAUGCAAUUUUGAGUGAUGCAUGGAAGUGGUGGCAAGAUGAGGCAUUGUAUCAUCAAGAAAAUUGCACGAAGACCGGCGGGAAGACCACCAUGCUCCCCGGCAUCACUAGGCGUCAGUAUACCAAGGCUGUUCUUGCCGAAGAAGAUCUGCUCCUAUGGCCAGACUGGAGAAAGCUCCUCAAAAAAUGGCACUACAAGAUGACAUUGUGUCUUUGUCACUGCAUCCAGACGGGGGAGUUUAUGAACGUAUACAACGCGAUCAUAGUUCUCAAGGAGGUCCUUCCUGUUUUCCCUAUCGGUGCUGUCCACAAUAUGUCAGGGUCAAACAUUCGCACAGAGAUGGAGCGAUUCUUGGCGAGGGAGACCCGUGGCGACCUCAAGAUCUUAGGCAGGGCGUACUUGGCUAGCCUCAUGAAGCGGGAAUCGGUGUGGAAAGGACCGCCGUCCCCUCCCAAGCCUACGGCUGCGGACGUGAACAAAACUCGUACCAGCACGCCGACUACUGCUGCGUCAACGGAGAGUCGUUCGCAGCAUGUUGUUUCUACUCCAAGCGUACCAUCCGCUCCUCGGGCGCAACUAGCAGCCACCAAUGGUUCCUCGAAUGCACAAUCAGACAGGUCCCUUUCCUCCAUGAAAGCGGCCAUGGACAGUGUACCUCGUCCGGAAGUUGUGAAGAGAAUCAGACCCGAGCCGAAGGCGGAUGCAGAUGGGGCCAACGCACCGGCCAAGACGCAGGUACAAGAGCGGUCCGAUGCCAUGGAGGUCGACGCACCCGACUCGCGACCCAACGGCCAAGUGACGACGGCUAGUAAGUCUGGCGAGGCAUCAAACCAGUCAACGGCCCCAUCUGCCUCGGUUCCCACUGCACCGUCGAACAAAGACAUGACCCGCGUCGCCCAAGAGGCUCGACCGUCGUCGCCCGCCCACGCUCCCAACGGUCGUCCGGGUUCAAUGUCUCAGCUGCCUCGCAUCCCCAUUACUGUGGAGCAGAGACGCGGCGACGCUGGCCAUGCUAUGCCCCCACCCUCUAUUCCAAGCCAAACGGUGUCUGCCCAAGAACUCAGAGAGACCGCCAGGGGCGGCCGCGGACCAGGUGAUCGCUCGGACGAACGUUCAGUCUCAUCUACCGAGCCGCGUGGUCCGGCGAGCGUACCUAUCCCGCCGUCUCCUGCACAUCGCCGCCGUUCGCCAUCUCCACCGAGCCGGCCAGGGACAAGGAACCCGAGUGUAGAGAGUCGGGCCAGUGGUGGCCGGCGGUCCGAUCGUGCUGAAGACAGACGGUCUGAAAGAGAAAGUCGCACGGAUGGCCGCGAUCAUACCCGGCGUGAAGGUCAGUCGCAUACAAGGGAGCGAAGUUCCCGCAGUACGCGCGACUCGGAACGCGAGAAGGACGGCGAAAGGGACCGGGAAAGAGGUCGGGAUCGUCACGGAGAGAGGGAUCGUGUGCGCGAACGGGAGAGGGAGAGGGAACGCGAGAGGGAACGCGAGAAAGACUCCCAUCGCGACCGCGACCGUGAACAUCGCGACCGGGAGCGAGACCGUGGUGACCGUGACAGGGACAGACACAGGGACAGGCAUCGCACGGACGAGAAGGACCGCGAUAGCAGGAAGGAGCGAGAUGCAGCUCGGAAUGCUCCAGCGGCGACUGCUGUACCGCCUGUGGACGAGCGUGGCUUGCCCGCCCGACCCGAACCACCGCGACAUCGUGAUGGCGACGAGUCUCUCGGGAAGAGAAGGCGGCCUACCGAUGACGAGUCUGAUCGCGCUUCAAAGCGGGCUUCGCGCAAGGAAAGGGACCACGAAGAACGAACUCGUCGCUCGUCUGAGAAGGAAGGCCGGGCUCGCGAGUCGGACCGUCGCCGGAAGGAGCGCGACCAAGGCGAGAGUGACAGCAAGAACCUCUCUGUCGAUACCAAGCUUGGCGACAAACGCAUUCCCGAGGGCCCCUCGUCGGCCUCCGCUAGGUCACUGCCACCGACCACGCCGUCUGCUCCCCGUGCGAUGGCUUCCGCAGAUGCCUCUAGGCUGGGCAGGGCAGAUCCCGGACCCACGCGGGACAGAGAUUGGAAGAGGGAUCAACCCAGUGGUCCUCAAGACGCUCCGCCGGGUCCUGGUGGUACGCUGCGCUCGCGAAUUAGUGACAAGGAGGCGCCCAGGUCUCUUCCGCAAGCCCCGUCGAGCUACCGCUCCGAGUCUGCCAAUGACCGCAAUGCCGAACCGUCAGGAAGGGACGAGGAGCGCGAUGGUAGUCGCAAGCGAACGCUUUCAGAACGGGAGAAGGACACUGGUGACGCUGCGGGGGCAAGUGCUGAGCAGACGCAACCUUCGAAACGACCUCGUAUUAAACGUGACCGCUACAGUACUCCAUCGCACGGUCUCGCAAAGAAGCUACUCCCUAUCGACGCAGAGAAGACCCGGGCACGCAACAGUUGA